AUGGAGUCCGUCCGUUGGUUUGCACGUUAUGGAAGUGUCGCUACUGCAUUCGCAGCGAUGUCCGGUGCAAAUGUUGAUACGCUUUUAAUAUUAAAAUCGCGUUUGAUGUAUCUUGAAAUGUUCAAUGCUCCAUUAUGCAACAUUUCUUUGAAAAGAAUUUUUUGGGAUCUUGCAUUAUACGACAUUUCUUUGAAAAGAAUUUUUUGGGAUCUUGCAUUGGC